CAAGAUGGCAGCCUACAGCUCUGGGGAACUCGGUAUCCGGACGUGUCGAAAAAUCCCCAGGAAGUUUUCAGGGCAUGGUCCGUCCGGAUAUAUCGGGCCCCAUCCCUCACCAGCCGGCCGCCUCAUUGUGGGCCUGGCCGAACCCAUAAUGGGCUUGCUAAAAGUGAAAGAUUAAAAUAAAAAAUAGUAAUAAUUUGGCAACACUUUCUUUGAUAGUUUCUGCUACGGUGUGACGUCAUCUGAGUGAGGAGCAUGAGAUUCGCAAUUUGCUUGUAUAAAACUCUAAAAAUUAUUAAUAAUGCGAGAUUCGGGCCGAAUUUGAAAUUAGGAGUACGUUCUAUAGCAUCAUGCAUUGAUCCCUCUCUUGGGUUAACUGAAGAACAAGUUCAAAUUCAGAAGAUUGCCAGUGAUUUUGCACAAAAGGAAAUGCUACCAAAUAUGUCAAAAUGGGAUGAGGAAGAAAUAUUUCCUGUUGACACACUCCGCAAAGCUGCAAAUUUGGGAUUUGGCGGUGUCUACGUUUCAGAUAAAUAUGGUGGUUCUGGACUGAAUAGAGUUGAUGCUUCUGUCAUUUUUGAGGCUUUAGCUGCUGGAUGUGUUAGUACUACUGCUUACAUCACUAUACAUAACAUGUGUACUUGGAUGAUUGAUGAGUUUGGUUCUGAAGAACAGAAAAAAAAAUGGAUACCUUCUUUAACUUCUAUGGAAAAGUUUGCUUCAUAUUGCUUAACUGAACCUGGUAGUGGUAGUGAUGCAGCAUCACUUUCUACAACUGCAAAAAAAGAAGAAAAUUAUUAUAUUUUGAAUGGAAGUAAAGCUUUUAUUAGUGGAGGAGGAUCCAGUGAUGUUUAUGUCAUAAUGGUGCGAACAGGAGGACCUGGACCUAAAGGGAUAUCUUGUGUACUUGUGGAAAAAGGAACUCCAGGUCUUAGUUUUGGCAAAAAAGAGAAAAAGGUAGGAUGGAAUUCUCAACCAACUCGUGCCGUGAUUUUAGAAGAUUGUAAAAUUCCUGUAGAGAACAGAAUAGGAAAUGAAGGAGAAGGAUUUUCAAUUGCUAUGAAGGGACUGAAUGGAGGAAGAGUGAAUAUUGCCUCAUGCUCUUUAGGUGCUGCUCAAGCAAGUUUGGAAUUAGCUCUGGAACAUCUCAAAGUUAGGAAACAGUUUGGUAAACCACUUGCAGAAUUUCAACAUCACCAAUUUAAACUUUCUCAAAUGGCCACAGGACUUGUUGCAUCUCGUUUAUUAAUCCGUAAAGCAGCACAUGCUCUUCAAAAUAAUUUACCUGAAACUGUGUCUCUGUGUUCUAUGGCAAAACUAUUUGGCACAGAAACUUGUUUUAAUAUUAUAAACCAAUCACUCCAGAUGCAUGGUGGCUAUGGAUAUCUAAAAGAUUAUGCUGUGCAACAGUAUAUGCGUGAUACAAGAGUUCAUCAAAUUUUAGAAGGUACAAAUGAAGUUAUGCAGCUUGUGAUCUCCAAGGAUAUUUUACAAAAUUAACAUAAAAUACAAUAAUAUUAAUUAAACAAACUCUCAGUUGUAAUGACUAUAGUUUUAUAUAAAACAUUGUAUUCUGAACAGAAUCAUGAAUAAAAAUUACUCU